CAGCGCACAACUUAAUCGCCAUUGGUUGUUAUUUGUUUACUUCAAAACGGACGGCGGAAACGCAGAUUGGAAACACCAUGGAGGCAGAAAUUGAAUUUUUGAGAGAUCAAGUCCACAGGUUAAAUUCUGCGCUUAGCCGCUAUCAGCUGGGGGUCACAUCGUCUCAGCUGGAUGAGGCACAGCAGGCGGAGUCUCCUCCACCCUGGCUGUCAGACAGAGGGAUAAUGGCUCCUCUAAUAGCAGAGUAUGACCGGCACAUGGACGAAAUGACUGAAAAGCUUCAGAAAUAUCAGGAGACGAUGACAGACGUCAGACUGAAGCUGGAAAAGGUUGUAGAGGAAAAUGAAAGGUUGCACACAGAGCUGAGGGAGUCUAUUGAGAAGCAGCUCCAGUCCCUGCCCGUGGGCUCAGAAGCAGAGGGCGGCGCAGCAGAAGACACGGCCAUCCUCAGAAACCUGCAGGAGCAAGUUCAACUGUCUGAACAGGAGCGGAAACAGGCCACGGAGCUGUGGCACACGACGGCCCAGGAGCUGGAGCGCCUACAGCAGGUCUACCAGAGGGCCCUCUCUGACGGGCAGCUCCACAACGCUCAGAGACAGCAGCUCAAGGAUCAGCUUGUUCAGUUCCAGCAGCACUCUUACAAACUCCAAGCAGCCAAUCAGAAGCUGGAAUCUGCGAACCAGCAGCUCCUGAAGACGGUGACAGAGCAGAGCACAGAAAUGGAGGAGCUGCACUGCCAGCUCAGGCAGGCCAAAGCUGAACUCAGGACGGCCACAGCCAGAGUGGACGAGAUGACCAAAUUUUUAGAGAACCUCCAGGAACAGAUGCAACGAAAAGAGGAGGACAUGGCUGAGGCUCAGGCCAGAGAGGACGCAGCAGACAGACGACUCCAGCAGCUUCAGUCAUCCCUGAGCCAACUGGAAACCCGGCUAAAGGCUGCAUCUCUGGAGACGGAGGCAGUUCGUCGAGAGCAAGCUGUGUGGGAGACAAAGGUGGGGGAACUCCAGGCGCGUUGCACCGCCCUGGAAGAGGAAAAGUUCGAGGCUCUGUCCAAAGUCAGAGAGAAUGUUCAAGUAGCUGAAGAGGCUGUAUUGCAGAAGGAGCAGUCCCUUUUAAGAGAGAAGCAGAAGACAGAGGAGCUUGAAAAGACAACGCAGGCCAUCAAGCUCUUGAUCCAGGAGGCUGCAGUCCGAACCAGGAAAGAGGUGGAAAACGUGCGCAAGCAGUGCAACAUCCAAAUCCAUCGUAUGGCAGAAGAACUGUCUGCACUGCAGCUGGAGUGUGCAGAUAAAGAGGCUCAGAUCGAAAGGUCCCAGCGUGAGAGGAAAGCUGUAGAAGAAGAACUGGAGAAGGUGUACAAGGAAGGCAGGGCGGAGCCGGAGUUCAAGAAGAUCGAGGCCCUCCAUCAGAGGUGUCUGAAUGCAGAGAGGUUGAAGGACGACGCUAGCCUCACUCUCCAAAGCACUCAGAGCAAGCUGAAAAAGAUGGAGAUGGACUACAGCGAGGAGGUGUCGCGGUGUCAGGUGGAGGUGCGGCGGCUGCAGGACUUGCUGGCUGCGGCUCGGAGCGACUGCGUCGGCGUCAGCGACGAGCGGCUUCAGCUUCAGCAGGAAAACACGCGGCUGCGCAAGGAGAUGGAUGACCUGCGCAAGGCCAGCAUGCAGAUCCAAAGAAACGCCAAGCAGAAAGUCUCCGAGAUGGAGCAAGCAUGCAGCCUCAAAGAGCAGGGACUCGACGCGCGGGUGAAGGAACUGGAGGAAAGGAGCCGAAGCUCCAGCGCCGAUCUGACACGCCUCCUUGCAGCACAGCAGAAAAGCACUCAGCGAUGGAAGGAAGAGGCCAAGAACCUAGCGCAGGCCUUUGAAACUAAAAUCACAGCUCUCAAGGCAGAGCUGAAACGGCACAAACAACGCUCGCUUGAGUUAGAGAUCCAGCUCCAAACGGACCAUAACACAAUAUCUGAGUAUGAGAAACAGCUUGCAGAAUAUCAAGAGAAGACAAGUCGUCUCCAGAGAAGACUGACACAAGCUGAACAGAAGGCAACUACAGCUUCGCAUCAGCUGAACAUGUUCGCAUCACAGCGAAGGAAACCUGCCACAGUGGAUCCAGGGACUCUAUGACAAGUGGCCAUAAUUUUGGGAAAAUAAUAAAAUAGCCAUAUGUUUUGAUAACUCUUUCUUAGGUUCACAUAGUUUGGGUUGUUGCUGUGUUUCCUGAGGCAUUUAAUAGCAUAUUUUCUAACAAGGAAUUGUAUGUAUUUCAAUAAAUGAAUAAAAAGUGAGAAAACCA